CCUGACCUACAGAGUUCCUUAUCACCUUCUCGGCGGAAGUGACGCAUGACGCACUGACGCGGACGGAAACUCGCCAUCUUGAGGGAGAAAAAAAAACGCCUUGAAGUUAAAGAGGAAACUUGAACUUGGAGUCAAAAGGGCGUCUGUCAAACAUGGGGAACAUAUUUGCAAACCUCUUUAAAGCCUUCAGUAAGAAAGAGAUGAGGAUUCUUAUGGUGGGUCUCGAUGCUGCUGGAAAGACCACGAUUCUGUACAAGAUGAAGCUCGGGGAGAUCGUUACCACCAUCCCAACAAUCGGUUUCAAUGUUGAAACUGUGGAGUACAAGAAUAUAAGUUUCACAGUUUGGGACGUGGGUGGUCAAGAUAAGAUUCGACCGUUGUGGCGUCAUUAUUUUCAGAACACACAAGGUCUGAUCUUUGUGGUUGACAGUAACGACAGAGAGCGUGUGAAUGAAGCGCGAGAGGAGCUGAUGAGGAUGUUGGCUGAGGAUGAGCUCAGGGAAGCAGUUCUGCUUGUGUUUGCCAACAAACAGGAUCUACCGAAUGCCAUGAACGCUGCAGAAAUCACAGACAAGCUGGGGCUGCAUUCGCUCCGGCACAGGAACUGGUACAUCCAGGCCACGUGUGCCACAAGCGGCGACGGCCUUUAUGAAGGACUCGACUGGUUGUCCAGUCAACUGAAGAACCAGAAAUAAUGACCUCACUGUACUGAUCUUCCUUCAUUCCAUAUUUUCAACACUUGUUUUUCUCGGCUCAUUUCAGACCCCAUUAACACAGAAAAUAUCUCCCUACAGCGUGAAGAACGUUGUCAAAGUGUUGCUCUCAUUUUAAUGUAAAUAAGUUUUGUUGGGAGGCAGCUUUUUAAGCACAUUUAUCCAAAAUAGAUUUAGUCUUUCGUUGUCUUUUUUUUCUCGUUCUUACUGUUUGAGUCAUUGGUGGAGAGAGUUUUAAGUCCUGUAAACUCUCUCAGGUCUCAUUUGAAUCUUGCACAUGUAUUAUUUUAUUGUGCUUUUAAUAGAUGUACUGUAAACAAAGCUGUUAUGUUUUGUCUUGAACGGAGUACUUGAAAUCAAACAUUACAGACACUACCUGCACAUAUAACGGUUCAAUUUCCAGGAAAGGAAACCAAAAAUGAUUACACUGUAAUCUCAGCAAAGGCUGAAGUGACCUGUAGCUUUACUGUCUUCAUGCUUUAGGAGCCAUAGAGUUGUGAAGACAGAACACAUAUAUUUCUCUUAUGAGAUUCCUGAAACACAACAGAUGUUUCGCUGUGAGUUUGUGGGAGAAAUGUUUUUUUUAAGGGUUCUGUUUCAUGAAAACAGUGUGGCUUCAUUUUCUAUAUGCUAAAAUAAUGAAUUUGCUUUAAAAUUUUGGGUGGUUAAUUUUUUUUUUAAGAUUCAACCAGAAAGAGAAACUGAAACAUUGGUUUUAUACAUAAAGCAUUACAUUUUGUGUCGUUUUAACGCACUAAGAUUUACUUUCUGUUUCAUAUUUUGGACUUAGAAUCGAACCACCAUCAAGGGUUAACAACAGCCUCAUCUAACUACAUGCAGUAACUUGAUCUCCAACAAAUUAAAUUCUUAAGACAUAACCUGAAAGCAAUAUUGAGAGUGUUGGCAUAUUAAUAUCAAUGCUUUCUGUUCUGCAUGCAGAAGUUAUUUUUAACACCAAAAAAAGCUGUGGUGCCUUUACGGUAAACAGACGACCGUUUCAGAUGAACAACCUUCCUGGUCAGUGUUAGGGCUGGUGGUUUAAAGUUACUUUAUCUUUUUUUUUUCUCUCCCUAGCCUCUAAUUUGGUAGACACUGAUUAUUUUGCAUUACAAUUAUGUGAAUCUCUUAACAAAUUGUUUUAUAGUGACUCUUAACCUAUGAUUUUUACAUUUUGACAGAAAUGCACUGUAAUUAAAGAUAGACUGGACUUACUGUUGCACUCUUGUUAUUCUGAAGGAGCUCUGAAAUAAAUCUUGACUGCAAUGA